AUGGCGGUCACAACGAAGCAGCGGCUUUCUGAUAUGCUGGAUGCUGACCUCAGCAAGGCAGAUGUGCAGGAUAUGGAGGAAGAGAUGAUCUCCAGUAAGCCUAGUACCUUUUCCGACUGGCUACAGGCAGCAUCCAUUGAGGAGAUGAAGGCUUCUCUCAAGUCCCUGCUUUCUGUAAGCAAUGGACAGGCCCUCGAGCAGAUGAAAGCCGUCCUAGAGGAAGAUCGGGCGCACCAAGACUGGGUGCAGAAUCAGGAGAAGGUUUGGAAGGAGUCGCAUGAAAUGAAAGCUGCUGACGCUCCUGUGGCCACAAGCAAGAAGGAGGAGGUAGAGCCUUUGAUGGACGCUCGGGACGUGCAGAAUCAGGUGAAAUUCAUUCCUUUACGCCUCACAGCAGAAGAACGCAGCUUGCUUGGCAUUCUGGAAGGUGCACUUUAUGUCUCAGAGUACACCGACCAAGUUGACGUCUACCAUGCUGGCAGCAAAGCUAGACGAAUGGCACUCCAAAUCCAGCAGGUGUGUGCCAUUUUGGCUGGCCUUGUAGUUGCCAACAACUUUGACGUGGCACGGCGGCCGCUGAUGGAACGCAGCUUCGCUGACAACAACUACUUCUUCCGGAUGGUCUUCGAGAUCGGCAGAAGGUACAAGAUCUUGAAUCCAGACAAGCUACGAGGAAGUUACGGGAAGCUCAUCCACAUGCUGCAGGACAGUGUGAAGGGAGAAGUGGUCCGACAACUGGAGUUUGAUUGUGUGGGUUCUGUGAAGACGGUGUGGACGGUGGUGAAAGGCAAUGGCCGGGCGGUGCAAAUGCUCCAGGAUCCUUUGCUGACCAUUGCCACCAAAGAGAUCUACACCGAUGGGAAGUCACGAGCUGAGGUUGCGCAAGAAAGCAAAGACAAAGCAGAAGCCUUGGUGGAGCUGAAGCACAAGUAUGCUGAGAAGCCUCCGGAAGGCACAGCUCCCCCAAAGCCUGCGGGUGAUCUAGCAGAAGCUCUUCGUGGUGGUCCGAAAAGGCCUGAGGUGGAGGGGCUCUUGACGGAGGAGCGGAUUGAAACCAUCGUGGCCUCCAUCAGCGACUAUUUUGCCUUUUUGAGGUUCAACAGAGAGCCUGUGGAGAGGAUGAUUGAGUUUCUCAGGCAAUACUUCGACCCCAAGGAACCUGGUAAAUGGAGUUUGGACAUCUCCAGAGGCCGUGGCGGCUCAUGCUUGUCGCACACCCACAAGACCCAGUACACAUUCGUGUUGCAGAGCCUACUCUUAUGGCGGGAGAUCAUGGGCAACAUGUUCUACUUGUGGCAGAUGACAGAGGAGGACUUGCUCGACGCGGAUUCCACGUAUCGACUCUGUGACACGGGGCAGGGGCUUAAUCGAGUCCAGCAUGCACCGCGAGUGUCAAGGGCUAUGCAUCAGAUCCUCCACAAGGUGCAGAGCGAAGUGGGCAACUGGGUGGGUCUUAGCGUCGUCCACCUUGGGGACCGAGAUGUCCCAAAUGCCCUCGUGUUUAUCGACAAGUACACACAAGUUCCUCGAAUCCUCGGGCCACUGGUGCGAACACUUGACAAGUUGCCAGAGGUGUAUGCCUCCUCACCGGCCAUCAAGAACUAUAUAGACAGCGAGUUCAGGGGCGUCGAGGUUGUACGGAUGGCAAUCAUGCAGGACUUCUUCAAGCACGGCUUUGACGGCAGUGGUGACGACGGUGGCUCUUGCGUGGAUGGUUGGCUUCUCAAGUGGAUGGGUGAAGUGAAAAAUGACAAUGGUGUGGAACCAGGCUGUUUUACCAUGCUUUUCCCUAUUCUACGGGUCGUGGGAGCGGAUCAUCAAGUCGCACUCACUGCUCAGGCAGCGGACCUCGAAGCGUUGGUGGCCUCCUCGAGAUGUACCAAAGGAAAACUGCUGGAUAUCGGUGCCAGCCUUCAACAGCAGAUUGAAGAGCUUGAAGCUGUUGCCUCGAAAGCAAGAGAGGCCAAUCUGGAGAAUCCCGCCAAGCGAGCACGCACUGCAGGAGCGGUGCCUCAGCCUCCACUCCAAGGGGAUGCUGAUGGCCUAACCCAUGUCCCCAAAGCGACGGCAGUGGGACCAAGGCCAGACGGUACUUUCAGUUCUCCAUGCCAGUUUGGUGGCCCCAUCGGGGCUGCAGAUGGCUUUGAUGGCGCAAUGAUGCUCCACAGGAAAAUAUUCAACUCAGAUGGGUCUCAGAUGGGUUCAUGCGGACCAAGUGGAAGUGACUGGGGUAUGGCUCAACUGCUCCCAAUUUGA